CUCGACACACAUGCAUUCAGUGCGAGAAGCGUUCACUCCCUCCACAGGAGCGCACAGCUUUUUCUUUUUGAGGGGAGACUGUGGUGGAGGAAAGAAAAAAAAAAAGAAAAGAAAUCCAGUCAGCGUUUUGUAGCACUUUCAAAUGACUUCCUCUGCCUCGUUAGAGAUAUUGGCAUAGCUGACAGAUCAUUUUACGCCAGUUUAAGGGAUGUUUUAGGGACAAAUUGUCUCCAAGGGGCAAUUGGAGCGGGUAGUCUGAGCCCUUAUAAUGCGGAGAGAUCAAGUCUCAGUAGUUUGUCGGUAUGAACGCAGCGCAGACGGACCCUGAGAAACUGCUUUCAUGGAUUGACUGAUUGAUUGAUUGGCAUUUCAUUUUUUCAUUUUUUCCUCCCCUAAUAUCAGAGGAUUUUCUCUGCGUCGUGGUUAGUCUAAUAUUCCAUUUUUUUUAAAAAUCGUGGAUUAUAAUUGGGAGUCGAGGAUCUCUUUUUUUUCGGAGGUGCGUCUUUAAUGAGGAUAUUGAUUUUUUUUUACAGUUAGCCUACGUCUGGGUCAAGGAUCCGGAGAGGGAUAUUAACCUUUCACAAGGUGGAAAUAUUAGUCUUUUUUGGACCCUAACUCACCUCUGUUGCCGCUGAGUCCAACAUGAAGUCUGUCACUGUGUGGAUGUGCGUUUGCAUCUUUCUUCUGGUCUUAGCUGAGGCAGCGAGUUCCUGGGAUGGUUCCUCAGCUUUGUCCGUGUCAUUGGCCAACGGUUCUCCAGGAUCUCCAGACACUGGGUCUGGCCCCGGAGCUCAGCCAGAAUGGGUAGACUGCAUCCAGGCGAGUGACAUGUGCAACCAGAACCCUUACUGCAGCUCUCGGUACCGGGUGAUGCGCCAGUGCCUUGUGGGCAAGGAGAAGGAAGCCAUGCUGGACAACAACAGGGAGUGCCAGGCUGCGUUGGAAGUGCUGCUGGUUAGUCCUCUGUAUGACUGCCGCUGCAAAAGGGGCAUGAAGAAGGAGCUGCAGUGUCUGCAGAACUACUGGACCAUCCACAUGGGGCUCACUGAAGGUGGAGACAUGGAUGACUCAUCUCCGUAUGAACCUGUAGCACCAAACCGGCACCCUGACGCGUUCCGCUUGGCCUCCAUCUCUUCAGGUAUUAUUACAGUGGCCCCUAAAGGUUUCCACUGUCUCGACCCCGAGAAAAACUGCAACCCCUGUCUUGAUGCAGCCAAAGCCUGCAACCUCAACGGCAGCUGCAAGAGGCAACGCUCCGCCUACAUCGCUACCUGCAGCAAGGAGGACCCCACCAAGGGUGAAACCUGCAGCAAGAAACGCUGCCACAAAGCGCUGAGGUUGUUCCUGGAUCGCGUGCACCCUGAGUUCAGCCACCGGCUCCUCUUCUGCCCCUGCCAGAGUGAGGGUUGUGCAGAACGGCGCAGGCAGACAAUUGUGCCUGAUUGCUCAUAUAAAGAUAAGGAGAAACCCAACUGUCUGGAGCUACGGAGGGUCUGCCGCCAGGACUCUCUCUGCAGGUCGAGGCUGGCUGACUACCUGGUGAACUGCUGGGUGACUCCACACACAGUCAGCACCUGUCCCAACCAAGACAAUCACCAAGCCUGCCUGGCCUCCUACGCAAGGCUCAUCGGGACAGAGAUGACUCCCAACUAUGUCGACAGCAGCUUCUCCAAUUGGACCAUCUCCCCCUGGUGUACCUGUAAGGGCAGCGGAAACCAAGAGGAGGAAUGUAUGAACUUCAUGCGGUACUUCACCGAUAACACAUGCCUAAGAAAUGCCAUUCAGGUCUUCGGUUAUGGGAUAGACAACAUGCAGAACAAAAAUGUGUCUGUUCCAGCCCCCUCAGCGACAACGAAGACGGGGCCUGAAUGGUCGACAGGCACAUCAGAUCCUCCCUUUGUCGCCAUCCCAAAGUAUCCUGAACCAAGCGACGGUGGCCUGGGCAAAACUAGGGGCCUGCCAGAGGAUCACUCCGCCUGCCUGUGUGCCAACGUCUGGGCUCUAGUUCCCGGCCUGGCUUUGGCUCUGGUCCUGGCCCAGCAUGCCUUAUAGAAGCGCCAGGAGGAGAAAAAAGAGGUCAUCCACCCACAAGCUGAUCCCAAAAGCAGAAGGUGUUAUUUCUGAGACUGAUAUUAAGAAGGCUGAAUCUCUGGGCAGUUGACAUGAAUGGCGUUUAUGAAAGAAGAAAAGAAGAAAAAAAAAAAGAAGAAGAAAGAAGGUGGAAAAAUACUGAAAUUUUACCAUUGUGAAUUUGUUGUUCAUUUGAUGUAUUGUUAGAGCGGACCACAACUGUGACGAAGCACAUGGCUUUAAAAAAAAAAAAAAAAAGGACCCUUGGUUGGAGAGGCCAUGAAGGCCAGUCUGUGGGAACGACUCUCCGUCUGACUGAGACACAAAAUCCUGGAGGACUGGAAGCUGAUCACGUGAAAGACUUCUUCUACUUCACUUAUCUCACCAAAGGAAGGAAAGAGGGAAUGAACAACAUAAUUAAAAGAAGACAGGAUUGACAGUAAAGAAAUUGUUGCGGAGGGAAAAAGAAUGAGCAAGAGGUAAAUCGGGUAGAGUGAGAGCAAAAACAGAGAGAGAGAGAGAGAGAGAGAAAGAGACAUAUUUCUGCUAUCAGUCACUUUUUCUUUUUUCUUUAUUUUUUUGUCUUGAAUUGGUUUUCGACUUAAUCUUCUCUUGGAUGAACAGAACCACAAAUUUAGGGGCGGGGAUGGGGGAUGAUUGCAUUCUGUCUCUUCAACACAAGUGUAAACUCUAAACUGUAAAGCCUACUCAGUGUUCUAAGUGUUGGUAUAGUAUUGUGACCAUAAUCAAUCUACCGUAACAGCUCUUUUCAUUUGGGUGCUCCAGUAAACUUUUUCAACAGGCGGCGAAAAAGAACUUAAGACGGUAAACGUUACCAGUUAUGGUUUCUUGGUCAUUUGAGAUGUUGUUGUUGAUGACUGUGGGUGUAUGCCAUACGUCCACCUGCACAUGUGUAUAUUGUCUCUAUGUAUAUAAACAACAAUUUUGUCUUCAACCGAAUGAUAUGUUCAGUACCUUGAAUGGACAUUAUUGUACCCUAUGACGACUAUGACUCUGUAUUGAUUGCUGGUACUAAUGGAAGGCCUUCAUUAUCUGCGUUUAUAUUUGUCUAUAAAGGUUUGAUCACAAAGAAUGUAUACAGGGAUGAGAUUAAAUGAGCUCAAAUUGCUUGGAAAGCCAUAA